AUGUCCGAAAGCACAAGAACCACCCCUCCCAGCCAUGACAUGGACAGGAAGGAAAAAGACAGUCCCACCCCAUCCACCAACUCAUCCCCCGAUUCCAGCAGUCAGGGUGAAGAGUCCUCUGCAGAACCUUUCCGGGUGAGUUGGGAGAAGGUGCCAGUUCUGAGCAGAGAGGCAGGACAUGGGGAGGAGGCCCUGAUCCCUUAGAGCGCAUGGUUGUCCCUUCGGUGCUGCAUCCAGUCUGGGCCUGUCUUGGGAGGGGAAGGGAAGAGAGCCCUGUUGGAAGCCCAGUCCCUAUCCUUUGGUUAGGUCAGUGGCUGGUAGACCAGAACUGGAAAGAAUGGUGAGGAGACACUUGCAGCUCUCUUUCUCUCUGCUGCAAUAGAAUGGCCACCAGAGCUUCAGGAAAGUGAUAACAACAACAACAACCAUUGAUUUGUACUCCCAUCCGACUGGGCUGCCCCAGCCACUCCGGGCAGCUUCCAGCAUAUAUCAAAACAUCGUGAAACAUGAAACCUUAAAAAGCCUCCCUAUGCAGGGCUGCUCACUCUCUCCACCCAGACAAACACACCUGACCUCUUGAAAGAAACAGCAGGCGGCCGUGGGGAAGAGCCCAUGACAUGUCCCCCUCGGACUGGGGAGGCCACGGGGGACCCAGGUUCCACCCCUGGGGACCCCUCUAGAUAUCCGUCCUAUGGGGCAUGCAGGGUGAUUUGUAUUCACCAGCACAAUGCUCAGGGGGAGCCAUGGGGAAUCCUAUUUCCAAUUCUGUUUGCACCCUCACAAGAUUUGGGCUGGUCACACUGCUUCACUUUCAGUCAGUGCCUAGCCCACAAUUCCUGCUGAAAUCCUGUAACUUCUUGUACCACAAAGAUACUGGUUGGCUUUGCCUCGCUCUUGUCAUCUUUUAUCCCCCCUCAGACAGAAACAGUGGGCUGGCAUCACAGAACAAACCAGGGCAGAAUCAACCCACUGCUAAGGCUCUGCUUCUGUGCCCAGAACGUCUUCCCCCUACCCAAUGCCUGCCAGGAGGGGGUUUGGCUCUCAGCCUGGCCUGGCCCACUAGGUUCUUGUGAGGAUCAAGGUGUAUAUGGGGGGAAUGCAAGCUAUCUUGAGGUCCGUGGAGAAAAAAUCAUAAAGAGCUGCAUCUUUCUCCAGGGUCUGCUGUCUUAUCAGAGGGGUUGGCAUUCACCUCCCCGUAUGCUCUGCUUGCUUUUUCUGUAUAGAAACCUUACAAAAUAGCUUCACCACACUAGUCUUUCCUCCGUAAGGCAAAGGCACCAACCCUGGACAUGGCGCCCUGAAACAUCUUACCAGAAUCUGAAUUAAAUGGAAAAUUGAAAGGGGGCUCUGGCAACUGACAGGAAUAAAAGAAGCUAAGGCAGCUGGGUGGCGGAAACACAGGAAGGUGGCAGAGAAAGCUCACUACAUGGCCAUUUCCUCACCAAGCACACCAGGGACAUAUGUGUUUGGGUGUGCAUGCAUGUGUGCAAACACGCAUGUGUUCUUGUAUUAACCCAGCAGGGAGUUUGUGAGCUACAAAGUAUGAAAAUUGGAUUUAUGCUGUUCCUUAAUCCCUGCUGAAGGAUUUGAAUCUGGUACAUGUGGCUCCAGAGCUCACCUCUGCCGCAUCCCUGGACAUUCAAGCCACCCUCCCUGAGCGCUCAUUCCUUAAGAUAUCAAUGAAGCAGUAAGUAGCCCUCUGGCAGCUGGCCCCGUCUGACGUGGUACAGACUUCUCAGGGUUCAUAUUUUGAUUUGGGGCAGCAAAAUGACCUAUUCUGGCUGGAUCUUCUUGUAAUCGCAUCUGUGCUGUUGAUGCAUUUUGUUCUGGUGUUACAUUGCCAAACUGGGGCUUUAAUCUAUAUGUGCUGCCUGCCCUGGGACCUUUCAGGGAAUGAGAGACUAUAAAUGUCCAUAGCAAAUAAAGAAACAAAUCCUCUAAUAACUGCUGCUUGUGCUUCUCCCCCAACGCCCCCAGGAGACGUUUCAUAUUGCUUCUUUCAGAUCAUUGUGUUUGACCAGGAGAACUUCCAGGGCAAGCAGAUGGAGUUCACCAGUGCAUGCCUGAACCUGGGGGACCAUGGAUUUGACCGGGUGCGCAGUGUCCUGGCAACCUCUGGACCGUAAGUGAUCUCAGCCAAACAGGGUUAUCGAGAGGCAGGUGCUGGAGAUGGGGAUGUGCUAGGCUCCAUAGCCAAUAGGAGUCCCAGGUGAUUCGCUUUCUUCCUUCUUUUUAAAAAAGUAAAUCUCUACCCUCCUAGAAAGAAAACAAGGAAGCAACAUAAGACCUCUCCCCUAUUUUAUGUGAGAUGAGCCAGGCAGGCUGCUAUGUUUUCGUGUUUCUAGUCAAUGAAUGAAAUCAGAGUUGGGAUUGACAAAUGAGCUCUUUGGAUACACCCCCCUUCCCUUUCUUGUUAGGGUCUCCUUGAAAUCUCAGCUUGAGAUAAAGUACUCCAUGUAAGCUAUUUUCUGCAGAUUCUACUACUCAGUAGACAUGUUUGCUCAAAAGUAAGUCUCUUUGUGGUUUAUAGGGCUUACUCCCAGGUAAGUGGGUGCCAGAUUGCAGCAACCUAGGCUUUUUUUGUGAGGAAGCGGCAGAGAAGAGCUCAUGGUGAGAGGGUCCAUUGUGCACACUAACCUUGAAGUAAACUCACUCGAAUGCAAUUGGGAAUUAUGCAUCUAAAUACACAGUAAUCAUGCAAAACUGGAUGAAGCCUUGGAGGCAUGCUAAUCUACAGGUGGGAGUGAAAGGGAGAACAAAAUGAAUGCCUUUGGUUAAAGCAAGCAAAAAUUGGUGCCCCCAAAGCAAGCACUAAAUCCCCUUUUACAGCCAUUUUAUACCUCCAAACAUAAGCCCCGAAGAAGAGCCUGCUGGAUCAGGCCCAUGGCCCAUCUGGUCCAACAUCCUGUUUUCAUAGUAGCAAGCCAGAUGCUUAUUAUGGGAAGCCCACAAGCAGAGCCCAAGUGCAAGACCAGUCUCCUUCCAACAGUUUCCAGUGACUGGUGAUAUUCAGAAGUGUUACUGCCUCCAACAGACUGAGCCCUGGGGCUCAGAAGCCCUUGACAGCUCUCUCCUCCAUCCAUCUCUCCAGUACUCUUUCCAAGACAUCAGAGUUGCUGGCCAUCGCUUCCUCUAGUGGGAGUGAGGAUGCUCCACUUCGCCAUGCUUUAAAGGCAUUAUUAUUAUUAUUAUUAUUAUUAUUAUUAUUAUUAUUAUUAUUAUUUACUUAUACCCUGACCAUCUGACUGGGUUGCCCCAGCCACACUGGGAAGCUUCUAACAUAAUAUAUGAAACAAAAUUAAAAAAAAUUCCUUCCAGUAGCACCUUAGAGACCAGCUAAGUUUGUUAUUGGUAUGAGCUUUUGUGUGCAUGCACACUUCUUCAGAUACACAAAAGCUCAUACCAAUAACAAACUUAGUUGGUCUCUAAGGUGCUACUGGAAGGAAUUUUAAAAUUUUGUUACGACUACGGCAGACCAAUACGGCUACCUACCUGUAACUAUAAGAACACAUUCUCAUUCUAAUCUAGGCUACUCUGCUUCCUUAGGCAUAUCACAGUUCAAGGAAUGGGAGCUAUGACCUGACAAGUAGUUCUGCUUGCAGUAAAUCUAGUCACGUUUUGAGCUGAGCUGAUUUGCAAAAAUGCUUUGCUUUCAGCCAGCAGCCUUGACUUUCAACUGUUUACUAGUCGUCCAGAGUGGCUGGGGAGGCCUGCCCAGGUGGGUGGGGUAUAAGUAAUAAAUUACAGUGGUACCUCAGGUUACAUACGCUUCAGGUUACAUACGCUUCAGGUUACACACUCCGCUAACCCAGAAAUAGUGCUUCAGGUUAAGAACUUUGCUUCAGGAUGAGAACAGAAAUCGUGCUCCAGUGGCGCGGCAGCAGCAGGAGGCCCCAUUAGCUAAAGUGGUGCUUCAGGUUAAGAACAGUUUCCUGUUAAGUACAGACCUCCAGAACGAAUUAAGUACUUAACCCGAGGUACUACUGUAUUAUUAUUACAAAUUAUUAUUACUUUUGCCGGUAAUGCUUAAGGAAUCCCAGCAAAGCUAAAAUGAGUCACAGCAAAUGUAACAUCAGGAAGAUGGACUCCAGAGCAGAAGAAAUGGACCUUUAAAUCUGGAGAGGGUUAACUGAAAUGGAAGUUAAAUCCGCUAAUAGGAGGGACAGACGGUGGUAUUCCUGCUGGUGUGUGGCACAUGCCACAAAGUUGUCCCACCACCCACUUGUGGUCCUCAUCAGCAUCUAAUCAUAGAAAUGCAGUUGGAAGGGACCCCAAGAGUCAUCUAGUCCAACCCCCUGCAAUGCAGGAAUCUAAACUCAAGCACCUAAGAAGAGCCCUCUAGCUGGAUGAGGCCGGGGGAGGGGCUCUAGCCCACCAUCUUGCUCUUACAGUACCCAGCCAGAACCCUCUUCUGGGAAACCCACAAGCAGGACACAAGGGCAAUAGCAGCAGUACUCUCCCCCACAGGAAUCAACUCCCAGGGGCCAAGGGGUCUUUGCCCCCCCCCAUAAAAUAUCUGAGGGGGCUAGGCCCACCCAAAGUUGAUGAUCUUCGCCAUCAGGUCGCAAAUCGGGGGGGGGGGGUGAUCUAAAGCCUUGGAAGACAGUGCUGCCCUCUGCCUCCCAAGCAGAGCCCUUGCCCUCUGGAGUGCUGAAGGAAGAUUUAGCUGCCACUCCAGCUGGGUUCUACAUGUGGGACCUUGCUGUCUUGAAAUGUUGACUGCCAAGUCACAGGUGCUCUGCUGCAUCCAGUCACCCUCCAUCUUUCUGUCUUGUGGCUGCCAAUGUCCUCCGUCCUCUGGACACACCUUCCUUUGCACACUGCCCUCAGCUGGGUGGCCUUUGAGCAGUGCAACCUGCGUGGCGAAAUGUUCAUCCUGGAGAAGGGCGAGUACCCGCGAUGGGACACCUGGUCCAGCAGCUGCCGCAGCGACUGCUUCCGCUCCCUGCGCCCCGUGAGAAUGGUGAGUCCAGGCCUAGCCAGGGUAGUGCCUUUGGGCAUCUGCUGAGGGCCCCCACUCCCUCCCAGACCUCUUCCUCCCUCGCAAUCUCAUUCUGCCACCUCUUGCUGUGGCCUGGGAACCUGUGGGGGUGAGGAAGAGGAGCAGUUGAUGCCCCCCCUCUCUCUCGCAGCAGGAGGCCCAAGAGCAGAAGAUCCUCCUCUUUGAAAGUGCCAACUUCAGGGGAAACAAGAUGGAGAUCCAGGAAGACGACGUGCCAACCCUCUGGGCCCACGGUUUCUGUGGGCGUCUGGGCAGCGUGAAGGUGCCCAGUGGAAUGUAAGUCAGAGCCUGGAUCUGACCGCUUCCCUCUGAAUCAAUGGGUGCCAUUUCGCUUUGGGAAAGCUCCGUAGCUCGUGCAGAAGACCCCAGGUUCAAUUCCUGGCAGCAUCUCCAGGCAGGGCUGGGAGAGACUUCCUCUGUGGGGGGCCUCUGCCAGUCAGUGUAGGCCAUACUGAGCUCGAUGGACCAAUGCUCUGACUUGGUCUAAGGUAGCUUCGUAUAUUCCUCCUGGAGAAGAAAGGGUUUGGGCUGCAGCCCCUGGCAUGAACCGCAGAUCCUGUCAGGGAAUGGUGAGUUCCGAAUGCUAAGCACUCCACUUCUUAGUGGCAAGGAAAAAACAGAUAUAAAAAGAAUUUCCUGGGUGCCAAGAUCCAGGAUUGGGGCAAGUACUCUUUGGUGAGAGAACCCCAGCAGAGAUUUAAAAUCACAAUAUAUGCAGUGCAAAUAUAGGCUGUUAGACCUUUAAAAAAUACCCUUGCAAGUUCCCAAAUAGCCCCCUCUUACCCCAACAUAGAAAAAGACCACAUACUUGGUAAGUUUAAAACAGUUUGUAAGUAAAAACAGUUUACUUACCAACUCUCCAAUGGUCAGAUUUAUGUGCUUUUCCAUAUAGCAUUCAGGAAAAGUUGCAGAGGCAGUAAAACUUGGUUUAGUUACAGUGGUGAAAGUUCCUAAAUAAUUAUCGGUAUAGGAAUUGAGGAGUGGUGUGUAAGAGCCAUGAGGUCUGAGCUUGGAGCAAGCCGCUCAGAUCUCUUUACAUGCUGAGCGUCUCAGGUAGACUGAGGGUGAACAAUAGGCUUGAUUACCUUUUCCCCAAGGUGAGGGGGAGCGACCUAGCUAAGCCUGGCAAGACAGCUUACUCUAUGGCAUUAACCCCUUCAUGCAUUAAUUAGGAUAAGCAUGUUUGUUAUAUGAAGCUGGUUAUCCUACAUUAAAGGUAAAGGUACCCCUGCCCGUACGGGCCAGUCGUGUCCGACUCUAGGGUUGUGCGCCCAUCUCAUUUAAGAGGCCGGGGGCCAGCGCUGUCCGGAGACACUUCUGGGUCACGUGGCCAGUGUGACGAAGCUGCUCUGGCGAGCCAGCACCAGCGCAGCACACGGAAACGCCGUUUACCUUCCCGCUAUAAAGCGGUACCUAUUUAUCUACUUGCACUUAAGAGUGCUUUCGAACUGCUAGGUGAGCAGAAUCUGGGACCGAACGACAGGAGCUCACCCCGCCGUGGGGAUUCGAACCGCCGACCAUACGAUCGGCAAGUCCUAGGUGCUGAGGUUUUACCCACAGCGCCACCCGCGUCCCUAUCCUACAUUACUGGUGUUCAAAUGAGCUUUGGGUGGCGUAUUUCCCUAAGGAGAGGAAUCUGCCUCUGUUGCUCCCACAAAGUGGGAUUUUUCCUCCCUCUCUCAUCAUGCUAGGACUUUGGUAUCAUCCAGUGAAAUUGAUGGGCAGGAGAUUUGGGCGAGACCAUGGAAAUCCUUCCCACACAACAUUAAUUUUUGGAACUGCAAGAUAAGAGGGAUUGUCAAUAGCUGAAGUAGCUAUAUAAUGGGGACUUGGGAAAAGAGAAGGGGGAGUCCUUAUGUCAGUUAGUCUUAGUCAUCAUGAUGGUGAGAUGGAGCCUCCAUGUGCAGAGGCAGUUUAUUUCUGAAUAUCAGUUCCUGGGUACAAGCAGGGGAGAGCUUUGGCUUCUGGGCUUCCCAGGGCAUCUGGCUGGCAGUUGCAGGAAGCAGGAUGUUGCCUUUUGGCCUGAUUCUCUUGCAGGGCUUUCCUUGUGGGUAAAACAGCAGCACUAGCAUCCCCACCACCACACAAAUAGGCAGCACAAAACUAAGAAGUGGAUCCUCCCAAAUGCAUGUUUGGGCUGAAGCUGGUUCUCUGUUUUGAAAAGUCUGAAUCACAGAAUCAUAGAAUGGUAGAGUUGGAAGGGACCCCAAGGGUCCUCUAGUCCAACCCCCUGCAAGGCAGGAAUCUCAUCUAAAGCAUCCAUGACAGACGGCCAUCCAACCUCUGAUUAAAAACUCCCAAGGAAGGAGAGUCCACAGCCUUCCAAAGCUCUCUGUUCUGCAGUCAGACAGUUCUUACCCUCAGAAAGUUCUUCCUGAAGACCGCAGCCUCCCAUAACUGCACUGGAUCCCUAUGAUCCGUGUUGCUUUGGGAUGAUUUUUUUAACCACUGGCUUUUAUGAAAGCCAGGCCGCCCUACCUUGGCUGCCCUGUGGCUUUGGCUUUGGGCAGCUGAGCCCUGGGCGAGAGAUAGCUGGGCACCUUCUCCUCCCUGUGUUUACUGAUGUCAGCCUUCUCUUUGUUCCCCCCACAGCUGGGUGGGCUACCAGUACCCUGGCUAUCGGGGUUACCAGUAUCUCUUUGAGAGAGGAGACUUUGCACACUGGAAUGAGUGGGCCGCCUCCCAGCCGCAGAUCCAGUCCAUCCGGCGCAUCCGUGACAUGCUGUGGGCCCCCCAAGGCUGCUUCCUUCCAGCCAGGAGCCCCUCAAACUGA